AUGACGACUGAUAUGAAGGCCUUCAUCAGCAUCUCCGCACCGACUUUGCUUUAUCCCAUUUCCACGGGAAGUUGUGAAAAUAACUUUUGUGAGUGUUUGGACAGAGAGUCGUAUGGGGAAUAUUCGGAAACUGAGGAUGAAAUCAAGAAAUCGCUCGGAGAUAUUUCGUUUCAGGAGCAAGAGGAGGAACCGGAAACGAAGGGAAAAUUGCCUCUCUGGGAAACGAUUUUGGAGGAGUUUAGGGAAGAGAGGGAGCAAUUCGAUGAAUGGGAGAAGGAACAGGAGGAACCGAGAUCGGAAAAGACUCCUUGCGAAGCCGUUGAGUACCUGAAUAAGGAGAUUUUUCCUGUUUUACUACCUGCAAUGGAGAAAAUGCUGAAGGAAGCGAAAAAAUGGAAUGCAAUACAAGAUCCAAAAUGUCGAUUUAAUGGUUUGGAUUAUCUAGCAGAGUAUUUAUGGAAUAAAAAUCCCGAGCAUCGUGAGAGACAAUUCCAAUGGAUUGGAGUUUUUGAAAUUCCCCCAUUCAGACGGUGGCUCCAAUCCAACCCUAGGCCAAUUUACCCGAAAUCGUGGCUCUGCAGUCGAAACGAAGCGGCAUUGAUCAUUCAGAGGAAUAUUCGGGGGUGGAUCGUGAGGAAACGAAGGGAUGUCCAAGAAUUGAGAGAAUUCUGGAAGGCCUUGGCUGUGGAACGAGCAGAACGAGGUUCAUCAGUUCCUUACAUUAAUUUAGAUGAGUAUGAAAUUUUGCCAUUCAAGAAUAAAGAACCAUUUGACAUCUGUAAAAUAUUCCAGUAGGAAGAACGUAA